CCCAUAAUGUAAAACAUACGUGGGCUUGAAAGUUUGGGCCUUACCUCCUCCGACCCGAGUUGAAGGCUCAAAACUCAAUCUUCGUCGUCUAAACUCAAAAGCUAGAUUUGCAGCCUCGGACGCUCAGACUAGUCACUUUCUGAAGCCCCUGGAUUUUUUUUUUCGUAUUUGAGAGAUGGACAAAGACCUCCCCAGUAUCAAGAAAUGGGUUGUGCUGUAUCCAGUUUACAUCAAUUCUAAGAAAACUGUGGCUGAAGGGAGGAGAAUAGCUCUUGAGAAAGCAUGUGAGAAUCCGACUUGUGCUGAGAUUGGGGAUUGCUGCAGCCAUUUCAAAGUUCCAUUUGCUAUUGAGAUAGAUAAGGCUUAUCCACGUGAUUUCUUUCAAAGAGGGCGAGUGAGGGUAUUGCUCAAAAAGGAAGAUGGAACUCCAUUUAAUCCAGCCAUUGCUACUAGGAAACAGCUGAUGCUUCGAGUUGCUGAGUUGGUUCCUAGACAUCCUGGUAGGACCAAGAAGCAGGAGCCAGCAUCAACGUCUACUGCUGGGCCUUCCAAAUCUGGGAAGCAUGGGAAGAAAAAGAGAUAGGAUCCAUUGAAUAAGAUCCUAGUUUUCAUGUGUUCACUUUUGUCAGCUUAGACAUUCAGAUGGUACAGCUAGUUUAUGUUGGAAAUACAUGGACUACAUGUCUUAUUUGUUCAAGGAUGAUUUAUUUGGUUUGUCUAGAACAUUUCCCUUGAACUGGGAAGUUACUGAUACUGUUUUAUCCA